UGGAUUUACCUUCACUAUAAGCUUGUACAUGAAAGACUGAAAGAAAGUUGCCCCUCUGGCUGCUGCAUGGCCACAAGGCCAUCUCUGACACUUGCCCUGUGUUGUAAUGUAAGGAAUAGCAUGCGACCGAACAAACAUUAACAAUAAUACGCCUCUAUUCCUUGUUUAGACAGGCCAUCUCGUUAUUUGAGUAGGGCACACCAGUUUCUGUAAUCAAGAACACACAAGAGGGCGAUGAACUUACCGUUGUGGUUUUGAUUUCCCAACCUGGUGUGGAGCAAUGGAGGAGUCUCCAGGGUGUGGGUGAGCUGUGCCAUGGAUGCGGGGACAUCUGAGCUGGCUCCAUGAGAAGAAGAAUGUGCAGGAAAGCAAUGGGCUUCAUUUCAGGCUACAAAAAAAUACCUUGGUGUUACUGUAAGGAACUCACUGUAUUUGUUCUCCCUAGGCUUGCUGGCAUGUGGUGACCUAGAAGAUUAUUGCAGUGUGGCAUCUGUUAGGAACUUUUCUGCUUCUACCAAAUGCUGUGUUUCUGCAGAAAUUGUAUUCCCGAGUGGCCUGGAAGGCCACCCCAGGACUAUCAGAUAAUGUUGCCAUACCCAUUAGUUGCAGGAUCUCUUUCAAUGAAAGAAAGAGAUUAAUUUCUUGCGCUCCACUGCAGCAUAAAAUGAAGCACCAUCUUCUGUAGACAGAUUGGAAGAUUUAUAAUGCUUUUGAUUUAUGAUACUUCUAUGAAAAACCCUGUCUUUUUUUUUCUCUCUGCUGAAACGGAAAUGUCCAACCGGUAUCUCUCUGACUUCCUCUGUAAAUAAGCCGUGUCCCAGACCUCCUUGUGCUCUAAGAUCCCCAGACAGCAACCCUUAAGUGGAGGAGGAGGGAUGGAGCCUCCCAAAACCUUCCCAAUGACCAAGACAAGGACUAAAUGGCGAGCAAAUGGACUGUUUGAAGCAGUGGGUUUGAUCACCUAAGAGGAGGGACUCUGAGGAUACCCCACAGGGAAUCUGUUGGGUAUUUCUGUCAUCUCAGACUCUUCCCUGAUAUGGAACAAAGUGAAGGUGAACAGGAGUCCCAGCCAGAGAGUCACGUGGAAAGCAAGAGCAGUGUGAAAUCCUUGCCUGGGGGAGCGGCCCAUGUCAAACUGGAGAUAAAAAAACAUGCAGUUACCGAUGACUACAAACUCUCCAAACGGGUGCUAGGGUUAGGAAUCAAUGGCAAAGUACUGGAGUGUUUCAACAAGGAGACAGGCCAAAAAUGUGCUUUGAAGCUCCUGUAUGACAACCCAAAAGCCCGUCAGGAAGUAGAGUAUCAUUGGCGAGCAUCAGGGUGUCCCCACAUUGUCCAUGUCCUGGAUGUUUAUGAGAAUAUACACCAUGGAAAGAGAUGCCUCCUCAUUGUCAUGGAAUGCAUGGAGGGAGGAGAGCUGUUUAGCAGGAUCCAGGAGAGAGGAGAUCAAGCUUUCACUGAGAGAGAGGCCUCUGAAAUAAUGAGAGACAUCGGAACAGCCAUCCAGUAUCUGCAUUCAAUGAACAUUGCCCACAGAGAUGUCAAGCCUGAAAACUUGCUUUACACAUCUAAAGAGAAGGAUACUGUACUCAAACUCACAGACUUCGGCUUUGCCAAAGAAACCAGUGUACAAAAUGCGCUGCAGACCCCCUGUUACACUCCUUAUUACGUGGCCCCAGAAGUCCUUGGUCCUGAGAAGUAUGACAAAUCAUGUGACAUGUGGUCGUUGGGCGUCAUCACAUAUAUUCUCCUGUGUGGGUUCCCUCCAUUCUACUCAAACACUGGUCAAGCCAUUUCUCCAGGGAUGAAGAGAAGAAUUCGGAUGGGGCAAUACGGGUUUCCCAAUCCAGAGUGGGCUGAAGUAUCAGAGGAAGCCAAACAACUGAUUCGCCAUUUACUGAAGACUGACCCAACAGAGAGGAUGACAGUUUCUCAAUUUAUGAAUCACCCUUGGAUUAAUAGAUCAAUGGCAGUGCCACCAACUCCUCUUCAUACUGCACGAGUCCUUCAAGAGGAUAAAGACCACUGGGAUGAAGUUAAAGAGGAGAUGACCAGUGCUUUGGCAACCAUGAGGGUGGACUAUGAUCAGGUGAAAAUCAAAGACUUGAAAACAUCCAACAACCGCCUCCUGAAUAAACGCCGUAAGAAGCAGAAGCAGGCAGCCACCUCUUCUGCUGCCCCAGGGUGCAAUAACCAAUGAGAAGAGAAGCCAAGGACCUGUGGGUGGAGGGUAAAAGUUAAAAGGAACAAUUUAAAAUCAGUAUGAAUAACUCGGUCCAUACCACAAAGGCAAUGAGACUGUGAAGAAGCUAUCCUGCAAAGAGGGAGCAGUGUGAAAGAUUACAUUUUUAUAACUUGAAUCAGGGCUUUGCUUUUAAAGACUAAUGUAUAUGACAUGAUUCUGUUGCAUAUUGCUAGGGAAGGUACAGUAAUAUGAGAAAUGUUACGGGUUUUUGUUUUGGCUUUAACUGUAGCGGACGAGAGGAGAGAACAGGAGGCAGCCUCAGCAUACUAAUGCACUGAGGCUUUAACAGCCAUCUACAAGAGUAACUUCUGCUAUGGUUUUAAACUUGGGAAUAGAAAAAAUGCCAAGUGUUCUGCUAGGAGUGUUUUAGUAGUUCAAACAUGAGUACUGAGAAAGGAGAAAAAUGUCACUGUUCUUUAUAUGAGUAGCACAGGUGCAGUUCUAUUAUGGAUGCAUCUGGACAGCAUUUCAUGUUAGAAUUGAUAAUAGUCAAUAUUUCCAAACUUACCUCCUAUAGUUACAGAAUAUCACCUAAAUAGUAGAGUUAUUCCUGUUACAGGAAAAAGCAUCCACACAUUUCCAUUUUCAUAAAGUCUUCAUGUAGUCUCCUGUGAAGAUUUGAGUUUGUCAUGGAUUCUCAUUUGGUAACAUGUAAGUUUUCUAAACUGUAACCAUUAUGUCGUGUCUAUGCCACUGUCAGAUCCCUCUCUUGUAAUGUUUUUAAUUUAAACAGUACUUUUAUGUGAAGGGUUUUAAUAAGGAUUUAAUUAGUUGAAAGUAUCCUGCAGAGAAUAUUGCUGUUCCUCUUGGAUCCACAGCCUCUAGGGCAUGCAACUGGACAUGCAAUUGUUUACAAGAGACUGCUCUAGAAGAGAGACUUCUGAAAUUCAGGACGAAGUGGCAAGUGCAUGUUCUCUGAAUGGACCCUGGUGUCUGCCGGCAUCCCUUCUGGUAAUUAUCUCCAGAUCCCGUGCCUAAGAUGUGCUGACCGUAGCAAAUUUUGGGGUGCUGGGGUUGGUUUGUUUCCUGGGGUCAGGGAGGGGGAGGAUGCGACUUUAUUUGCAGUGUUUUGUCAGUGUUUCUGGAUCCAAAGAUUUUCGCCACCUAAGGGAGAUUACCUAUAAGUAUAUCCACCCAUUGUUUUUUUCCUAUUCUAAUUCAUGUUUUAUGGGAUCCUAGCCUUGGUUUGCUAAUUUGUUUUAUUUUGUGAUCAAAAUAUUUCCUCUCGCUGUAUUUUGGGAUUUUUUUUAGUUGAAGUGAAGCAAAUAUUUGUGAAAGUAUUACCAGAGUCUAGGAUGAAAAUUAUGUGCUUCCAGUGAUGCAGGCAAAAACUACUUUGUGGUAGGCACACAGAGUACUGGUGUGUUAAUGGGCUCAGAAGAAUGUUAAAAGACAAAAAGGAAAACAGGGCUCCAGAAAGGAUCCGAAUCGUUAGAUCUGACUGCCACAUAGAUCUUGUUACCUCCAAAAAAGAUCAUCUUGAGGCUUUGGACCUUGACUGGGGAGCCCUGUUUCCAUCUUCAAAGUGUUGGAUGAGACCUCCAUUCUUCUUUGUGAACUGGUCCUAGGGUUUUAUAAACUGAUUUUAAUAAAUUGUGUUAUAACAUUC